AUUUACAGGAAGAAAUCGGCUCCUCCACAUCUUCAUUUACUCAGACCGCUCUUCAGUGGGAACUGCAGCAGAAACAGGACAAAGAGGAGAUGAUGAACACAACAGGAUCAGAACAUUUGACAUCAGACUUUUUCCAGUGUAGUUCUGCUGUUGCUCAGCUAACAGAAGCAGAAGAGAUCAACAAUGAACACCAGCAACCGCAUACACACACCCAAAUUCACACUGGAGAGAAACUUCAUUGUUGUUUGGAAUGUGGGAAACGAUUCUCACACAAAAGUAGUCUUCAAAAACAUAUGACCAUCCACACGGGUGAAAAAGCUCAUUGUUGUUCUGACUGUGGUAAACGAUUCUCACAGCUAAGUAGUCUUCAAAGACACAAAAGAAUCCACACUGGAGAAAAACCCUUUUGCUGUCCAGAAUGUGGCAAACAGUUUUAUGACAAGAGCAGCUGUUUGAAGCACACGCGAAUUCAUACUGGAGAGAAGCCAUAUUGUUGUUCUCAAUGUGGAAAGAGGUUUUCCCACAGCAGCAGUUUGAGGGUACAUACACAAAGUCAUACUGGAGAGAAGCCAUAUGUCUGUUCUGAAUGUGGCAAAGGCUAUUCCAGCAAGAACAAUCUUUACAAACACGCCAAAAUUCACACUGGAGAAAAGCCAUAUUGCUGUUCUGAAUGUGGGAAACGAUUCUUACACAUAGGCCAUCUUCAAUGCCACAUGAGAAUUCAUACUGGAGAGAAACCUUAUUGUUGUCCUGAUUGUGGCAAAAGAUUUUCGAACAGAAGCAAUUUCCGGGGGCACAGACAACUUCACGCUCCGGAGAAGCCAUAUUGCUGCUCUCAAUGUGGCAAGAGAUUCUUCCGCAGUAGCAGUUUGCAGAAGCACACACCAGUUCAUACAGGCGAGAAGCCGUAUGUCUGUUCGGAAUGUGGGAAACGCUUUUCCAGGAAGAGCAAUCUUUUGAAGCAUGUGAAAAUCCACACCGGAGAAAAACUUUAUCGCUGCUCUGAAUGUGGGAAACGAUUCUUAGAAAUCGGCCACCUGCAAUGCCACAUUCGAUCUCAUACAGGAGAGAAACCUUUUUGUUGUCGAGAAUGUGGAAAGCGAUUCUCGCACUGCAGCAGCCUGCAAUCUCACUUCAGAAUUCACACCGGAGAGAAGCCGCACAGCUGCUUGGAGUGCGGCAAGCAGUUCUCCCGCAUUAGUUCUCUUCACGUCCAUCGGCGGAUUCAUACUGGAGAGAAGCCUUAUUCUUGUGCUCAAUGUGGUCGCCGAUUCUCCCACAGCAGUUCUCUUGAUAGCCAUCAAAGAAUUCAUACUGGAGAGAAACCCUAUUGUUGUACUUUAUGUGGUCAGCGAUUCUCACACAGCAGUUCUCUUAAAAGCCAUCAAAGAUUUCAUACUGGAGAAAAACCUCUCAGCUGUUCUGAGCAGUGAACCACAUCUCAAAAAUGGAAAACGGCAGAAGUCAUGUCUGGAAAUGGCAACACACCCAUUUAUGGAGUUAGCUCGGAAAUAGGUUUGCGCAUUCACAGAGAGUACAUGAUGUCACCGAUUACAGGAUACAGUGGAACCUUGAGUCAUGACCGUAAUUCGUUCCAAAACUCUGGUCGCAACCCAAAGUAAUU